AUGCCGGGGCUGGGGCGGAGGGCGCAGUGGCUGUGCUGGUGGUGGGGGCUGCUGUGCAGCUGCUGCGGGCCCCCGCCGCUACGGCCGCCCCUGCCCGCCGCCGCGGCUGCCGCCGCCGGGGCGCAGCUGCUGGGGGACAGCGGGAGCCCUGGCCGCGCGGAGCAGCCGCCGCCGCCGCCGCCGCAGUCCUCCCCGGGCUUCCUCUACCGGAGGCUCAAGACGCACGAGAAGCGGGAGAUGCAGAAGGAGAUCCUCUCGGUGCUGGGGCUCCCGCACCGGCCCCGGCCCCUGCACGGCCUCCUGCAGCCGCAGCCCCCGGCGCUCCCGCAGCAGCAGCCGCCUCGCGGGGAGCCCCCUCCCGGGCGGCUGAAGUCCGCGCCCCUCUUUAUGCUGGAUCUGUACAACGCCCUGUCCGCUGACGACGACGACGACGAGGCGUCGGAGGGAGAGAGGCGGCACCCCGGACCCCACGGAGGGGCGAGCUCGUCCCAUCCCGGGCAGCCGUCCCCCGGCGCCGCGCACCCGCUCCACCGCAAGAGCCUCCUGGUCUCCGGACCUGGUGGCGGCAGCGCGUCCCCGCUGACCAGCGCGCAGGACAGCGCCUUCCUCCACGACGCGGACAUGGUCAUGAGCUUUGUGAAUCUGGUGGAGUACGACAAGGAGUUCUCCCCUCGCCAGCGACACCACAAAGAGUUCAAGUUCAACUUAUCCCAGAUUCCUGAGGGUGAGGCGGUGACGGCUGCAGAAUUCCGCAUCUACAAGGACUGUGUUGUGGGGAGUUUUAAAAACCAAACUUUUCUUAUCAGCAUUUAUCAAGUCUUACAGGAGCAUCAGCACAGGGACUCUGACCUGUUUUUGUUGGAUACCCGCGUGGUGUGGGCCUCAGAAGAAGGCUGGUUGGAAUUUGACAUCACGGCCACGAGCAAUCUGUGGGUUGUGACCCCACAGCAUAACAUGGGAAUUCAGCUGAGUGUAGUGACACGGGAUGGACUCCACAUCAACCCACGAGCCGCAGGCCUGGUGGGCAGAGAUGGCCCUUACGACAAGCAGCCCUUCAUGGUGGCCUUCUUCAAAGUGAGUGAGGUCCAUGUGCGCACCACCAGGUCAGCCUCUGGCCGGCGCCGCCAGCAGAGUCGCAAUCGUUCCACCCAGUCCCAGGAUGUGUCUCGGGUGUCCAGCGCCUCAGACUACAACAGCAGCGAGUUAAAAACAGCCUGCAGGAAGCACGAGCUUUAUGUGAGCUUCCAGGAUCUGGGAUGGCAGGAUUGGAUCAUCGCACCCAAGGGCUAUGCUGCCAAUUACUGUGAUGGAGAAUGUUCCUUCCCGCUCAAUGCACACAUGAACGCAACCAACCACGCAAUCGUACAGACCUUGGUUCACCUAAUGAAUCCUGAGUACGUCCCCAAACCGUGCUGUGCGCCAACCAAACUAAAUGCCAUCUCAGUUCUUUAUUUUGAUGACAACUCCAAUGUCAUCUUGAAAAAAUACAGGAAUAUGGUUGUAAGAGCUUGUGGAUGUCACUAACUGGAAGCCAGUUGCUGGGGACACAAAUUCUGCCUUGGAUGCCUAGAUUACAUCUGCCUUAAACACAGCAGCACAGUGGGAGUGGGGUGAUAAGACUCUGAAAUCAUCUCAUGCU